AUGAGACUCUCUAUUGUUUCUACUUUAGCGCUGCUCUUUAUGAUAGCAGCCGCUGAUAAGUGCAUCUGUAAUGACAAGAGUCAACUUUCGACAGCUUGUAAAAAAGUCCGCGGUAAAGUAGAAGACGGGUUUUGUAUUACAAAGAAGUCCGAUAAGUUCCUUAACCAGUGCCCUGGAAUCUGCAGGGUUAUGAAAACUAGAUGCAGACCUACUUUAUUUUGCUUCUAGAUAGAGUAAAGCCAUCACCGUCAAAACCCAUUGUUUAUAAUAGUUUCAGAGGCUGGGAUCAUACGGAGUAAAGGAGUCAACAUUAGUGCCCUUAGGGUUCCAUUGUAACAUUUGAUCUGCUUCCCUUUUGUUCUGCUUUGGCCCUAUGUUUACCGGCCCCGGUUCCCUGACGCACUAUCAUCACUACCAACACCACCAC